AAAUGAACCCAAGUGGUGUAGCCCAUGUGACCACCUGACGUCACACGAAAUGCAACUAUUUCCAAUCCAUUUUAAACAAUGUGAAGUAGAAACCAAGUUAUGAGGCAUUUUUUUUACAUCAAAUACAGUAUGUGAAAGUUAUGCUCACCUUAGGAAAUUUGAUUCCAACUUGUCGCCAAGACUGGAAAAGAUGGAUUCUUUUUUGUUCAGCGAUGCCCCCACCCCUGCCCGUCUCGCUCUCUCUCUGGCGCACACAUGGUGCACGCUCACCCUCUAACAUACCUUCCACGUCCUCGUUCCAUCUUCAUCCAUCUUCCCGCUCCCUCCUCCCCUUCCUUUCAGGGAGAUAGAUGGGAAGAAACGCUCCCGCUGAAUGCAGCGGACUCGCGCAGAAGGACAUAGCUUUUUCCCGCGCUGGGUUCCAUAAUAUAUCUCCUCCUCUUUGGUGCAUCUUGAAUUGUCUUUCAUGGAUGCACGGUGGGCACCGUGUAAUCAUUUAUCUCCAUUUAAUUUACUGACCGGAGGCAUCUGACUGGCGACACUGACUGGAUUUAAACCACCGAGCGAUGCUGAAGACGAGCCGGACUGAUGAGCUCAUCUCCGCUUUCUGGCUACGGGGGCGUUAAAGAUGCGGCUGGUGGACUGGGUCAAGGUACCUGUCUGAGAGUCACCCCUGCUUGGUUCGUCUGACUGAUCCAACAAACGCGUCUCUCUACGGACCACGACAGGGUUGUCUCCCCCCGCCCCGCACCCCCGUUGUUUCUCCCUUCUUUUUCCGAGAAUUGCAACUGCCACUUGCAGCCUGAAGAUGGAUAACUAUUCUACUUUGCAACUACAGUGUCUGGAAAUGACAACAAAAAGGAAGCUGAUUGGCCGGCUGGUGCCAUGCCGUUGUUUUCGUGGGGAAGAGGAAGUGAUCUCGGUGUUGGACUACUCUCACUGCAGCCUGCAGCAGGUCCCCAAAGAAAUCUUUAGCUUUGAGAGAACUCUGGAGGAGCUCUACCUGGAUGCCAACCAGAUUGAGGAACUACCCAAGCAACUCUUCAGCUGCCAGGCCUUAAAGAAGCUGAGCAUGCCUGAUAACGACCUCUCCAACCUUCCAACCACAAUUGCCAGCCUGGUUAACCUCAAAGAGCUUGACAUCAGUAAAAAUGGUAUCCAGGAAUUUCCAGAUAAUAUUAAAUGCUGUAAAGGCCUGUCAGUGGUUGAGGCCAGUGUCAACCCCAUCACCAAGCUCCCAGAUGGCUUCACGCAACUCCUGAAUCUGACUCAGCUCUUCUUAAACGAUGCCUUCCUGGAGUACUUGCCAGCUAACUUUGGCAGACUCUCCAAACUUCGGAUCCUGGAGCUGAGAGAGAACCACCUGAAAACCAUGCCAAAGUCUAUUCAUCGACUGACACAGUUGGAGAGAUUGGAUCUGGGUAGCAAUGAAUUCUCUGAAGUGCCGGAAGUGUUGGAGCAGAUUCAUAAUCUAAAGGAGCUGUGGAUGGAUAACAACUCUCUCCAGUCCAUACCUGGGUCACUAGGAAAACUUCGCCAGCUGCGCUACUUAGACUUAGCUAAGAAUCGUAUUGAGAAUUUGGACACGGAUGUUUCAGGUUGUGAGGCCUUAGAGGAUCUUUUGCUUUCCUCCAACAUGCUUCAGCAUCUCCCUGACUCUAUAGGAAUGUUAAAGAAACUUACAACACUGAAAGUGGAUGACAACCAGUUGACCUCACUGCCGGGAACUAUCGGGAGUGCGAAGCCCAAGCAAGGUCUUUGUCUAUUGGAGGAACUGGACUGUAGCUGUAAUGAGUUGGAGUCACUUCCUCCAACCAUAGGCUACCUGCACAGUCUCCGAACCUUUGCUGCUGAUGAGAACUUCCUCAUAGAACUUCCCCGAGAGAUCGGUAACUGUAAGAAUGUGACAGUGAUGUCACUACGCUCCAACAAACUUGAGUUCCUCCCUGAUGAGAUAGGACAGAUGACCAAACUACGAGUCCUAAACCUUAGUGAUAAUAGGUUAAAGAAUCUCCCGUUCACCUUUACUAAGUUGAAGGACCUGGCUGCUCUCUGGCUUUCUGACAAUCAGUCCAAGGCUCUGAUCCCCUUACAGACAGAAGCCCACCCCGACACCAAACAGAAGGUUUUGACCAACUACAUGUUUCCUCAACAACCUCGUCAUGAUGAGGAUUAUCAGUCGGACAGUGACAGCUUUAAUCCUACUCUGUGGGAGGAGCAGAGACAGCAGAGGAUGACUGUGGCCUUUGACUUUGAGGACAAGAAAGAAGAGGAAGACAACUCCGGGAAGGUCAAGGUGGAGAUAAACCUAAAACGCUAUCCCACACCUUACCCCGAGGACCUGAAGAACAUGGUCAAGUCAGUGCAAAGCCUCGUGGGUAAAAAUGUUCACACCGGCCAUGGUCACCAGCACCAUCUUAGCACAGGCACUGUCACCUCAGCAGUUACAAACAUGGAACUUACACACCAUAGUAAAGAGCCAUAUGAACCGCCAUGGCCCCUGCCACCUAAAGAGGUAACAGACAGAGAGAUGCAGGACUUCUCUCAGGCUCAGCUUAUGGAUCAGGGAUCGAUGCAUAACUCUGGCAUUGACAUCCCAAAGAGGAAGGACAAAGAGGACCUGACAGAGAGCUCAGAGGACUCAAUGGGCGGCUCACCCAAUGACAUCCGCAUCUCCGACAUGAGGCCCACCCUAGUGGAGCCAUCGAUGUACAAGCCAAAGGUGGUGCUGCUUGGCAAGGAUAAAAAAGAGUCUACAGACGAGGAGGUGGAUAAGCUCCACUGUCUGAAUCACAGUGGCUCCUCGGCCACCUACUCUGAUUACUCUCCCUCGGUGGGCUCCUCUGGUUCCUCCAACCCACCCGUUAACACCCACUCACACCCUCACUCUCACGCCCACCAACACAACCCUGCCCUGCCGGCACCCAACAAGGACCAGGUUCCUCAAACACACUGGACCAACAGGCUGGCCCAGUCUUUUCCGAAACCGAUUGACUCCAAGCCCCUGCUGUCCCAAAGAGAAACUCCCCCAUCAGGGACCAUUCAGCAACGUGGAGAUAGACGCCCGCUGAGCGAGCCUUUCGACUGGGCCGAGGCACCUCACUAUGACAACACUGGAUUUGAUGCCGAGGAGUCUCCCCUAGACCCUUCAUCAUCUAAUACGAGCCAGGGUAACCCGUCACUGGGUUCCAAACCCCGGAGCCAGUCAACACAUGGCCGCCGUCCUCUCCUAAGGCAAGAACGAAUUGUGGGCGUCCCGUUAGAGCUGGACGCACAGACACUCCCCUUUCACAACAACCAACGGACCACACAUGACAACGAAUCCCAAGCUUCUGUGCAAGCUUCCCAGAAUCCUUGGCAAAAUUGGACCCGCACCCCAAGCCCCUUAGAAGACAGGACAGCGUUUCCCUCCAAAUUGGACCUGACACCAACCUCAAGUCCAAACCCAGACCGCAAGGUGGUAGACCAAAGGCGGGAGCAAUCAUCAGGGCCUCUUCCUGGCAGCUGGUCAUAUCACAACAAUCAGGGGGAGCAAAACAGAAAGGACCAGCUCGCUGUCGCCGGGGGCAACAAGGUAACCGUGGUAAUGAGUAAAACUUCUGACCGACUGUCUCCAAUGAUGAAAGAAACAAGGUCCAAGUUUAAGAAAUCGCAGAGCAUCGAUGAGAUCGACAUUGGCGCCUAUAAAGUCUAUAGUAUUCCCAUGGACAGCUACAGCUCAUCCAUUGAGCAGCAGAGCAGUUUGGACCGCCAAGAGCUGCCAGGUUCCAUGGAGCAGACCAACAUGGCUCGGUCGCAGUCCGCACCUAUGUUAGAUGAGGAGCUUGGAGUCCCAGCGCAUGGCAACCAGAACCAGCAGGGGCACAACCAAAAACCUGCAGUCCCACAUAAAGCCUACCACUUUGACCAAAAUUAUAAUCCCCAGGUGACCAUGGACAGACGGGCCCCUCCUCCUUUCCCCAAUACACCAGAUUAUGUCAACCACUCAUCAAAAGCAUUGGACUACAUCAAUCAACCUGGGAAGACGUUACCUAAGGAGUUGGUGAGCCCUCGGUAUCGUGCUUACCCACCACUGGAGAUGUUCUCUUUCCCGCAAUCGCCAAUCGGUCAGGAUGGUUCCACCAGUCAGCAGCUCCAAUCAAUCCCAUCGCAGCGCUCUAGACCAGGGUUUUUGCGGAGAGCAGACUCAUUGGUAAGCUCUACCGAACUAGCUUUGUUCCGUAGAGUCCACGAGGCCCAGCAGGAAGCCCUGCAAGAAGCUCAAUACAGACAGCAACAUCAGGGGGACCCUCCUCUUUAUAGUCGGGCACUGGCUUAUUCCACCCCCAUGGACCAUUCUGCCAACAUGGUAGACAACCAGAGUCAAAUGAUGCACAACAAGAGAAAUGGACGCUACGAUGACGAUUAUCCCAGCUACCAGGAACAGAAGAAACCUAUGAUCGGUUAUCCAACCAAGAGCUUGACUCAACGUCGCCCCCUAUCUGCUAGAAGCUACAGCACUGAGACCUAUGGAGCAUCUCAGGCACGUCCGGUGUCAGCUCGUCCCACCAUGGCGGCCCUCCUGGAAAAGAUGCCUCCUGACUACACUCUGGCAACCUGCCCAGAGAAACCUUCUGAUGACACCAUCAAAGUACGACCUGUGGUAUCGCAGAAGCCUGAAGACAUCACCUCCAAAAUGCCCGCCGAUUGGAGGCAACAGCUGCUGAGACACAUCGAGGCCAAACGCCUGGAUAGGAGUGGUGUCCUAAAGCACAAUACGCUCACGCUGGGCAUGCUCUGUCAGGGCGGGGGUCACGGCCAGGGGCGCAGCAGUACUUUGAACUUUAACGUUUACAAUAACGCUAAGCUUGAGCCCCCUGCUGGCCGCUGGCUGCCACUACCUCCUCCUCCUUCUGCUGUUGCUAGCCCUUCCCAGCAGGCUGCCAUGCUGGAUAACGACCAAGAGGGUGUGUCAGGAAGCAAUCAAUGGGCUCCCUACUCACUUGGCAGGAGAGACGUCCCACCUGACAACCUCAUGAAAAAGGGAGGCCACUCUCACAACACGAUGAUUGUCACCUCGUCAUCCUCUUCCUCGGCCACGACACCUCACCGUAUGGUUGGCCAACAGGGUUAUGAUGGUGGAAUGAUGAAUAAGGGGGUCCAAUAUCAGCCAGGAAUGCCUUUAUCAGUCGUUCCGUCAGGAGGGCAAUAUCAAGGAAACGUGCCUCAAGCGCUUAACACUCCUGGCCAGGUCUACACAAGUGCUGGCCUGCCCAUGGCCCUCUCCUCAUCGGGAAACCAGUCCCAGUACAACCUGCAUACAUCCCACACAUCACAUCAGCCCUCACACCCUCCCAACAACCCCCAAUACCACAGCAAUCAGGGAAUGGUCCAUAACAACCAGGUUGUUGUGACGACCCACACCAACCCACGGCCUCAGAGCGCCCGUUGUCUUCUCCAAACUAAAGGCCAGAAGAGCACUGAUGGUUUCCAAGAACAGUUGUGUGUGAGAAUAGAGAAGAACCCUGGUCUUGGUUUUAGUAUCUCUGGUGGCAUCAGUGGUCAGGGGAAUCCCUUCAAACCCUCCGACAUGGGUAUCUUUGUUACUAGGGUACAGCAUGACGGGCCCGCUGCAUCUUGCCUGCAGCCUGGAGACAAGAUCCUACAGGCUAAUGGACAUAAUUUUGUACACAUGGAACAUGAGACAGCCGUCUCUCUGCUGAAGAGUUUCCAAAGGACAGUGGACUUGGUGGUUCUGAGAGACAUCAGCACCCCCUAAAAAUACCUUAAAAACAAAUGAGCAAACACACCAUCACUUAUGUGCUCGUCAUCACCCUGAAACCACCCGAGCUGCCCUCUUCUGGAGGCUGGUAGAACUGGAAAAAAAAAGAACCGGCUUAAAAAAGAACAAGAAGAAGAACAAUAUUUUUCGGGGAUUGCAGACUUUUUUUUUUUUUUGCCUAUUGCUGGACUCUAGGCAAUUACGUGUGCCAAAUCACAUAAACAUAUCGACGAUCUGAUCAGAGACGAGGGGACCUGCUCAAGCCCUGAAGGACCCCCCGAGGAAUGAUACACGUUGAGGCACCACGGGGCUGCUCCCAUUUGGAUUUUGUGUUUGAAUUAUGAAUUAGGCAACUAAGUGGUCAGUCUCCUUUGUUUGUUUGGUAACUAGAGAUCUACGACUUAAUUUUGAAACAUUUUUGGAUACCCUUUAUUGGUUUUCAUCUUGAGGUCUUCAUUAUUUUGAACACAUUUACCCUUUUGUUUUCAGUUCAAAUCAGAUUUUUUUCCCUCAUUAUCUAUUCUUUACUGCUGUUGUCCAUUACAAACUUCUGCCUCUAGUAUACUGAAAGUAAUAUUUAAAAGGAAAAAAAAUAUCUGCCUUGUGUACAUACAUUGAGCUGCAGCUUUCUGGAGCAUUCCUUCUGAGCCUGAAGUAAUUUUGUUCGUAGUGUUUUUCAAACCACAGGAUCAGUUAAAUGUCUUUCCUUUAUGAACAGGUGUUUUCUCCUUCGAGAUCAAUCACUGCAACUUUUUUUUCUCUUUCAAGAACUGCCUGCUGUGCUAGAAGAGAGCUAAAGCAAUAUUAACAUUUCUGAGCCGUUGUCCAUUGAUUUUUCCAGCAGAAUCUAACCUGUCCUGCAGUGCCAUCUAAUGAGCAACUCAAGUUAAUGUUUACACAUAAAAGACUGCAUAACAAAGUAUAUGCAAUGCUGCAUCCAUACUAUUAAUUUCGGAAUUCAGAUGCACUUAAAAUAAGCUCAUACACAGCUGCAUAUUAGGCGUAAUGUUUGUGUCACAUUUUGAACAUUUGUAUUGUUUUUUAAUGUCAUCACAUCUUUUUUUGAGAUGAUAAACACACAGCAUGCACUCAAAUCACAGUUUCUUAUAAACUGGACACAUUUGCGUUGUGGCAUCUCAGCUCUGUAGUGUACUGCAAAGAAUUAUUUUCUACAUUUGGUCCAGUAAGAACCCUUUCAUCCUCCCAACUGAUAUUUACACAGGCCCAAAAUACCAGAACUUACAUUUUUGCGGCCCACAUCUGGUCAACCCACAGCGCCAGAGGCAGCAUGGCUUCUCUGGGUGGGGCUACUGUCUGCAUGCACACAGUAUUUCACAAACCUAUGGCUUCCUAUUACUGUAUUCCCAUGCGAUCUAUUGGAGUGUGAUACCAACUAAACCGUGAUAAUAUUAAUUGUGAGUUACUCUUGAUCAUUGAGUGAUAUGAAGACUCGCCGAAAUGCUCAUUUCACAUCUCGAGUGGUCCUCCACAAGAUCCCACCAGCCGUACAUACAUAAACAAAUGCUCCACCAAGGCCAAACAGACCAUAAGCAGGCUCUGAUGGCUGUCCAGCAAUUCAACAAGAUAGCAACACUUGUGGUACGAGACAGCUUUGGAUCACUCCAUUGACCAAGCAAUGACUCCCAUUUUUGUGAUAAUGGCUGAGGAGGUAUUUAAAUGCCAGCUGCAAAUAGAUGCACCACACCGGUCUUUUAAGAAACACUGUAUUGUUAUUAUAACACACACACACACGUCCACACAGAUAAAAUAAUGUGACUGAUUGCACUUCAGAUUGCAGAAAUGCAAAAAAA